AUGUCUCAUCUUCCAAGAACAAGCAGGAUUGAACAGGGACCGUGGUGCCAAUACUGCCAGCAACAUCGUAAUGCGCGCCGGUUUGACAAGCAUAUUGAGUCCUGCAAAAUAAAACAUCAGGAACACUUAGAGCUUGCAUCAAGAGCCAAGGACUCUUUGGAUCAAGAGUGCACAGUAAAUUUGCCCGAUCCACCAAGAAAAAGGCGUAAAGAAUUAGUUAACGAUAUCACCCAAGCUGACAAUGAUGAGCUCGGAUUGGGUCUUUCUAUCAAUGGGUGUGAGGAGCCAAGUAUUAUCAUCUACCAUCCUCACAGUGGGUUGACCAAACCAAAGAAAAUCCCACUUGACAAUGUAGCCCCCCCUUUGACACAUCAAGAUGACCAUGAAACUGGAGUUGGACGAACGGCGGAUAUCAAACCAUGGGCUCCUUUUCAUACACGCGCUGACUUUGAGUAUGCAGAAUCGGCAGUUACAGGGCUUCUUAGUAGAAGUAUUGUUGACGCUCAGCUUCAUGGGAUACACAAUGGAUGGGCAGAAAACACUAAUAUAUCAUUUCAGAGUUAUACACAAAUGGAGAACACGCUGCGCAUUGCACGCGCACAUUAUGUCCAGUUUCAAGAAGGUGCCGUAUCUGCUGAUUAUCUAGGGAAAACGUACACAUUCAAGUUCAAAUAUUGUGAUCCCUGGAAAAUUUAUUCCAAUUGGAUAAUGGACAAAACGCUGGCACCGCUAAUUUGUUGGUAUCCAACUCAGAAGUUCCUGUGUCAGCAGAAUGGCAGGAUAAUUUUAAAAGAGCGAAUAUAUGAUGAGUUUAGCACGGGUAAUAAAUGGUGGAAUAUACAGAAUUCACUUCCAGAUAACGAGGAUAUCCCACAUUGUUUCCUCCCUGUCUCCCUCUGGCUAGACAAGGGAAACAUCACAAAGCGUGUUAAGAAGCAUCCCAUCAUCAUUCGCCCAGUUUUUCUUCCGCGUCAAGUCAGGAACGCAUCAGGCAACGGAGGGGGUGUUCUUGUAGGCUAUAUGCCAAUUCCUCGAGAUCCGGCCGACCCAUCAGACCGAAAUGCCCCCGAAACAAUCCAGUGGCAAUGUUUCAAGCGGGAGGUCUACCACAAAGUUGCCGAGGUAAUAUUUGGCUCACUCAGGAGCCCUGCGCUCUUCGGGGAAGCGAUGACUUGCGGUGACAAAAUAAAUAGGAUUGUGCACCCUGGGAUACCAAUCAAGUCCGUUGAUGGGGAGGAAAGCUGCGCGCUGACAGCUACCAGAGCAGCUUUAGCCAAUUUCCCAUGUCCGAAGUGCUUAGUCCAUCACGACUAUUUGCACUGUCUCCUCAAAAACUUCGAAAAUCGGACAACAAACACAAUGCAGCAAGUUUACAAAAAUUCUAUUGAGGCACCAAACAAAACUGAAGCAGAGCGAAUUUUACAAAGUUAUGGAUUACAUGCAACGGAGAACUUCUUUUGGACAUUGGAACAUUCAGAUCCCUACCUCGCUAUCUCAUACGACAAACUUCACUCGGACGACCUAGGCAAAUGGGGAAAACACAUAUGGCCCCUCCUGCUCAAUGUGUUGGCUGAAGAUGGGAAUAAAGGCUGUAUGGCUAGGAAUAUGCGGCAUGUUUGUAGAUGGGCCGGGCUCAAACAUUUUUUGAAUGUCACUACAGUCGAAUAUGCGGAUGGCCAAGUGUUUGUAGAUAUAUUAAAGUGUAUUCUCCCAUGUAUCACUCAACUCCUCCCCAAAAACUCAUCGCUCGUACAUGGUAUCCGGGCUUAUGGGAGAUACCGAACCAUGAUAGGCCUCAAUUGUCUAACUCAAGGGCGGCUACAUCGGCUGAAACAAUAUAUCAAGGACUAUGAAAAAUGCUGCGAGCACAUUUCAAAUGACUAUGGAAAAAACUUCGACUUCAUCAAGCAGCAUGGUGUCAGUCAUGUCGUCGAAGAUAUCAUGCUGAAGGGUGCAACAGACAACUACGACACGCGGGUUAGUGAGGGUUUCCAUCAAGAAGUGCAGGAAGCAUACGAGCAGACAAACCGAAAGGAUACUGAUGGUCAAAUGGCUCGUAUUGAUGAAAAUCAAGAAGCGGUUGCUCACAUACGAAUGACCAUCGACAACUACGACAAAACCCGCCAUGAACACACCAAGGCCAGCAACCUGGAGGACGAACACUUACUUCCCCCACAUGACUUGAAUUCCAACGAGGGCCAGCCUAGGCCCAAUGGAAACCAUUGGUCACUAGGCUCACCCAUGAAUCUUACAACGUCGCGAGUGAUGGAGCAUUAUGAUGGUCUCCGAGGGUUCCACAAAUAUUUGCAAAGGUUCCUGGCUGCCAACUGUGAUGUAGCAAAUGCUGAAGAUCCCAUUACUAUUAGAAAUUAUCAGUGCAUAUACAUUAAAUAUCAAUCCAUGGAAGAUUGGAACGAAGGAUGCGAUAUUCUCCGAUGUAACCCCAGCUUCAAUCAAGAACCACGUUUUGACUUCGUUCUUGUCAACACGGACACCCCAGAGCCAACCCCUGCUCGACUCAAAAAGCUGAUCAGAAUAUUUACUCAACAUUCUUCAUUUGACAUUGCAGUGGUCAAGGUGCUCAAGCUUUCGGCUGGAAACCCAAGGACUAGGUGGACGGGCGCUCGGCUGUAUGAUGAAGCCAGAGAUUUUGAGCUAGUAAAAGCAGAGUACUUGGUUCGGGGAGUUCAUAUGAUCAAUGCGUUUGAUCUCAAGGAGGGGAGCUUUUAUUUAAACGAUUUAAUUGACGGCGACAUGUUUUUACGUUUUGGGAAUUGA